CUGAGGACUAUAUUUUGCUCUCUUUGGAUUAUACGUGCUUUUGGAUUUAACAUUUUGUUGGGAAAUGACGCCUGACACUAAAAGGAAAGGGAAAGCAAAGGGAAAAAAUAAAAAGGAGAGAAAAAAUAAAGAAGGGGAUACUGACCCUAAAGGAGAAGCUGUUUCUCCCAAACUGAAGAAACUGAAGAACAAAACUGUCCAGGAAGGUGGAGAGCUUUCUAUAAAAUGUGAGGCAACUGGGAAUCCAAAGCCUGGCUAUAAAUGGUUCAAGGAUGGGAAGGAACUUAAAAAGAGUAAGGAGAUUAAAAUAAAAGGAAGAAAGAGCUCCAAACUUACAAUACAUAAGGUUAGCAUGGAACAUGCUGGAGAGUACACUUGUGAAGCCGAGAAUUCAGUCGGGAAAGACUCUGCAAAAGUGACUGUUAACGUCAGAAGUGUAACCACUACACUCUCUCCUUGGUCAGGCCAUGCCAGAAGAUGCAACGAGACAGCUAGAUCAUAUUGUGUUAAUGGAGGUGUAUGCUACUAUAUUGAUGGUAUUAAUCAACUGUCUUGCAAGUGUCCAAUCGAAUUCACUGGUGAGCGCUGUCAAACCUACACAAUCGCCCACUUCACCACGCACCUUCGAUUUGAAUUAAAGGAAGCAGAAGAGUUGUAUCAGAAGAGAGUUCUAACAGUAACUGGCAUUUGUGUUGCUUUGCUUGUGGUUGGAAUAGUAUGCGUGGUAGCGUACUGCAAAACCAAAAAACAACGUGAGAGAAUGCACAGUCAUAUGAGACAAAAUAUGUGCGUUGAUCAUCCAAACAGAAAUCUUGCCAACGGACCCAAUCAUCCUGGCCCUGGGCCAGAAGAAAUUCCAAUGGUCGAUUAUAUUUCCAAAAAUGUCCCGGCCACAGAGCGGGUGAUACGACAUGAACCAGAGACUUCAUUUUCAGGAAGUCGUCCAACAUCUGCCUCUCAUCAUUCUUCUACAGCUACACAUACCUCCAGCCACAGAAAUGAACGUACAUGGAGCUUUGAGGGAUCAGGGAGUAUUACUUCUGGGUCACACUCUGGCAUGAUGACUUCAUCUGUGGGUACCAGCAAAUGUAACAGUCCUGCUUGUAUAGAAGCACGCAGUAGGAGAGCUGCUCUUUGCUGUAUUGAUGAUCCACGUCGAGUGAUGUUACCUUACAGGGAUUCACUGGAUUCCUUACGAGAUUCACCAUAUAGUGACAGAUAUGUUUCGGCUUUGACAACACCUGCCCGCCUAUCACCUGUGGACCUUCACUACUCUCUACCUACCUUUGAGAUCACAUCACCCAAUUCUACUCAUGCAACGUCUUUACUUCCUGCUGCACCAGUGAGCUUUAGAGUUGAGGAGCAGCAUUCUUUGAGAAGAUAUGCCCCUGUUCAGGACAUUGAGAGACAUGACCUCUACCAACAGCAGCGGAGUUACCUCAAUGACAGCAUGGGGAGUCUCCCAUCAAGUCCUUUCAGGAUAGUGGAAGAUGAUGAAUAUGAAACAACACAGGAGUAUGCUUCAGCACUUGACCAGCCAAAGAAAAUUGUCAAUAACAACAGACUGUGGAAAAAGUCUAAAUUAAAUGGUCAAAUUUCACACAGAGGUAAAUCUGUCAGAGACUCCAUUUCAGGGAACAGUACAUCUGAUAGUGAUUCUGAAGAAGAUCAGGCUGGAGAGAGCACUCCUUUCUUAAGUAUUCAAAACAUUGAUACAGCAGUUAUAGAAUCAACAGCAGUAUACCGACCGGCAGACAGCAGGACUUACUAUUCUUCAAAUAGACACAAUCAGAGGGAAAAUGUACAGACCCGAUCGACACACACAUGUACAAAUCAAGACUCUUUUCCUCUUUAAAUGCAUAGAUCUGCAACUAUAAAAAAAUAUUUUUAUUUUAUAUAACAGACAAAUAUUAUAACAAAGGAAAUAUUUUAUUUUCAUUUUAGCAAAAAAUUGUCUUAUAGCAAACAGCAAAGACUUUUUUAUAGGGAAACUAUUUAUAUGUAAAUUUUGAUUUACAGCUUAAAAAGGAUGUGCCAAGUUUUUCACACUUAAAACAAUAUUGUGGUGCCUUUUGCUGUAUGCUAAUGCCCACGUUCCUGCUGAGGUCUGAGUUAUUGUAACAUUUCUAUUAUAAAUUCAUAUUUUAAAGCCACACAUUUUUUUUUAACUGGGGCCCUUUCCCAUUUGAACAUUAUAGAGUCCUUGGUGAUUAAUGAACAAGUAAGUGGACUUUAUCUGGUCUUGUACACUUAGUAUUUGCUUAAUAGAGAAAUAGCAUUGCUGGAGAAACAGAUAGAUGCUUAUUUUGCAUUAGUGAUAGCAAUGGUGCCUAAAUAUUUGGUGCAAGUAUUAUGAUAACUUUAGAUUGCAUCGGCCUAUAUCCUAACCUUGUGUGACAUUGCAAGUAAACAUUCAGGGUUCUGCAGUGUAGAGUUUAGCUUGUUUAAAUGUAUAACAAACAAAAAAAUACAUGAAAAACAGUUAUGUCAUGUUGCAAGGAUUUGAUUGAGCCACUGACCCAUGCAGUGAAUAUACAAAACCUCAGAAAUCCUCGCCUGUGCAGAAAAUUUACAACUUAUUUGGUUAAAAUUUAAUAUGAAUUAUGUUUUGUAUUCCCAAAGAUUGUUUAUAUGUGAAAGAGCCCCAUUUGUAAUUCUGUUUUCAGCAGGAUCAUUGUUUACUUUGUAGCCUGAAUUUGUUACACAUUAUUUCUGCAUGUCCUUUGCAUUUCGGAUUGAUGGAUGCAUGGUGAAGCUGUGACUGAAAAGAUAUAAAGCAACAAAUGAAAGUGUAUUUGAUUUAACAUUCAGCAAUAAACCCCAAUUUCCACAUCCAUAUUGAGUACUGCCACGAGUAGCUAUACAACAUGUCGUCUAAACCAUUUCACAAAACUUCCCCAGGGAAAAUACUGUAUUAAAAAGUGGUUAUUUUAAUAUCAAGGAAAGAGUGACUUUAUCUAGGCUAGUGUGCCUUUUUCAUGCUUAGAGAUGGAAACAGCUCAUGAAUUUUAUAUCUAGCCUAUGCAGUUAAAUAAACAACAUAGUUACAUCAUA